ACAAUGAUUUUAUAGUGAAUAUAAGUGAAACUAUUGCGUUAAGUAGAGCAUAAUGAUAAGGAAUAAUGUAUAGUUGAUAAUCGAAUAUUGGAUUGUAAUAAAAGAAGAAAAUAAUCAUGCACGUAUCGCCUUUUCGACGUUUGUUGCAUUGGGGUCCAAUUUCAGUAUUAGCUAUAAUCAAACUGAUAACAUGGGCUAUGGUCCAUCUGAUGAGCAUGUGGUGGCCCCCACAUGUCUCCCUAGGAGCAGCUCUUCACUCCCUCAUGUUUCUGAGCCUUGCAGCCCUUACUCUAUAUUACUUUCUACAAGCAUUACUUGAAGGGCCGGGAUAUGUGCCGAUGGGAUGGAAACCUGAAAAUGAAGAGGAUGUAGAAUAUUUGCAAUAUUGUGUUGUGUGUGAGGGUUACAAAGCACCUAGGUCACAUCAUUGUAAAAAGUGUGGUAGGUGUAUAAAGAAAAUGGAUCACCACUGCCCGUGGAUCAACUGUUGUGUGGGAUAUGCUAAUCAUGGUUACUUCAUCACAUUCCUCAUGUUUGCUGUGCUUGGAUGUCUGCAUGCAUCUAUUGUGCUAAUAAUCUGCCUGUACCACGCGAUCAACCGCGGCUGGUACAUGUAUCACGGCACGGGCCAAGAGCCGCUGAUCUUCCUCACGCUGACCACGUUACUGCUGACCCUGCUGGCGAUUGGGCUGGCUGUGGGCGUUGUGUUAGCGGUUGGAGCGCUGUUGUAUUUGCAGAUCCGCGGGCUACUCCGCAACCGCACGACCAUCGAGGACUGGAUAGUGGAGAAGGCAGCGAGUCGGCGCGAAGAGCGGGGCCUACCGCCCUUCGUGUACCCCUACAUGUACCACUGGGCGGAUAGUUUGCGCUCGGCCUUCGCCCCCGGCCUCGGGGACGGCCUGCACUGGCACGUGAUCGAGGGAACUGGGCCUUAUGAUCUUACUAUGGAGCAAAAAGCCCAAAAGAUAGAUAAACAACUCCGCUCCCGUCUAUUCACGGCGACCAGUACUUACUCCGGCCACUGGGUACCCAUCCUCAGCCGGCCGCGCGCAGCCAUCGCAGCACCUUGUACCGAUGAAGCUAGACUGCCGUUGAAGCCUGGAGAUCUUAUCAGAGCUACUAGGCAGAGAAGGCAUUGGCUCUUCGGCGAGAAACUAGUCGGUUUCGAGGAAUCAAGCCGAGGGCCGCGGGGUUGGUUCCCGCGAGACGCAGUAGUGCCAACAGAUCAAAUUAAAAGUAAACCCGAUUAGCACUAGGUUAUAUCUUCAUUUAAAUGUGUUUAAAUUAGUUUUUAACCGACUUUAAAAAAAAGGAGGAGGUUAUCAAUUCGGCCGGUAUAUUUUUUU